GUUUUGUUUGUUGGCAAGAAACGGGUGUCGAUGGCUGAAGAACGCGCCUUUAGCGCGUAGAACCUUCUCAGAAGCAGUGACGGUUCCUAUUUCAAUCAAAUCAAUUCGAGAAGAUGGAGAUAUCCAGUAUAUUGAUAUCGAUGCGCAAGUUGGAAAGCCAUUGCUUGCUUCUCUUACAUCGACGACAAAAAUCCAAUAUCAUUGCGGCGGAAAAGGAGUUUGUGGUCAAUGUCUUGUCUCUGUGCCCCAAGAUGUCUACAAUCGAUUGGAUCCACCUUCCAAAAACGAACAAAUCGCAAUAUCUACAAAUCUGUCCAUUCCCAAAAAUGCUCGUCUCGCUUGCCAGCUGAAAGUAUCAAAAAUCUUUAGUGGACGGACUAUCGAAAUCUACAUCCCUUUUGAGUU